AUGUCCCCCCAGAACAGGCAGUGUGGGGGAAUGACAGGCAGCGGGGGGACGCAUGGCAGGCCUGGGCGGGGGGGGGGUCCCCGCCGCGGGCCCCCCCGGGCCCCCCCCGCGCUGCAGCCGCGCUGGAAGCGGGUGGUGGGCUGGGCUGGGCCCGUGCCCCGGCCCCGGCACGGCCACCGCGCCGUGGCCAUCAAGGAGCUCAUCGUGGUCUUCGGGGGGGGCAACGAGGGCAUCGUGGACGAGCUGCACGUCUACAACACAGCCACCAACCAGUGGUUCAUCCCGGCCGUGCGGGGGACAUCCCCCCCGGGCUGUGCCGCCUAUGGCUUCGUGUGUGACGGCACGCGGCUGCUGGUGUUCGGGGGCAUGGUGGAGUACGGCAAGUACAGCAACGACCUCUACGAGCUGCAGGCCUCCAGGUGGGAGUGGAAGCGGCUGAAGGCGAAGACCCCCAAAAAUGGACCCCCCCCUUGCCCCCGGCUGGGCCACAGCUUCUCCCUGGUGGGCAACAAGUGUUACCUGUUCGGGGGGCUGGCCAACGACAGUGAGGACCCCAAAAACAACAUCCCCCGGUACCUGAACGACCUGUACGUGCUGGAGCUGCGCCCGGGCUCGGGGGUGCUGGCCUGGGACAUCCCCAUCACCUACGGGGUGCUGCCCCCGCCCCGCGAGUCCCACACGGCCGUGGUGUACACGGAGCGCGACGGGCGGCGCUCGCGCCUCGUCAUCUACGGGGGCAUGAGCGGCUGCAGGCUGGGCGAUUUAUGGACCCUGGAUAUCGAGACGCUGACCUGGAACAAGCCGAGCCUGAGCGGGGUCGCUCCCCUCCCCCGCAGCCUCCACUCGGCCACCACCAUCGGCAACAAGAUGUACGUUUUUGGGGGGUGGGUGCCCCUGGUGAUGGAUGACGUGAAGGUGGCCACGCACGAGAAGGAGUGGAAGUGCACCAACACCCUGGCCUGCCUGAACCUGGACUCGAUGGCCUGGGAGCCCCUGGUGCUGGAGACCCUGGAGGACAACGUGCCGCGGGCGCGCGCCGGGCACUGCGCCGUGGCCAUCGCCACCCGCCUGUACAUCUGGAGCGGGCGCGACGGCUACCGCAAGGCCUGGAACAACCAGGUGUGCUGCAAGGACCUGUGGUACCUGGAGACAGAGCGGCCGCCCGCGCCGGGCCGCGUGCAGCUGGUGCGCGCCAACACCACGUCGCUGGAGGUGAGCUGGGGCGCGGUGCCCACGGCCGACUCGUACCUGCUGCAGCUGCAGAAGUACGAGCUGCCCGCCGCCCCCGCGCCGCCGCCCGUGCCCUCGGUGCCCGCCAACCCGCCCAAGAGCCCCGCGCCCCGCCGCGCCCGCGCCGCCGCCCGCGCCCCCCCCGCCUGCCCCAGCUGGGGGGCGUGGGGCUCACCCUGCUGCCCCCGCCCGCCGCGCCCCCCAACCCGCCCGGCGUCGCCGCUGCUGCUGCCGCUGCUGCCACGGCGGGGGACGGCGGGGACGGGCGGUGUCCCGGCGGUGCUGAAGGUGACCGGUCCCCCUGCGGCCACCGCGGGGCCGCCGCUGGUGACCGUGCGCUCGGCCGGGCCCGGCAAGGCCCCGGUGACGGUGACAUCGCUGCCCGCCGGCGUCAGGAUGGUGGUGCCCACCCAGAGCCCCCAGGGCACGGUGAUCGGCAGCAGCCCGCAGAUGAGCGGCAUGGCGGCGCUGGCGGCGGCGGCCGCGGCCACGCAGAAGAUCCCGCCGGCCUCGGCGCCCACCGUGCUCAGCGUCCCCGCGGGGGCCACCAUCGUCAAGACGGUGGCCGUCACCCCCGGGGCCACCACCCUGCCCGCCACCGUCAAGGUGGCCUCGUCACCUGUCAUGGUGAGCAACCCUGCCACGCGCAUGCUGAAGACGGCGGCCGCCCAGGUGGGCACGGCGGGCGCGUCCCCCGCGGCCACCAACGCGGCCACCCGGCCCAUCAUCACCGUGCACAAGUCGGGCACGGUGACGGUGGCCCAGCAGGCCCAGGUGGUCACCACCGUGGUCGGAGGGGUCACCAAGACCAUCACGCUGGUCAAGAGCCCCAUCUCCGUGCCGGGGGGCAGCGCCCUGAUCUCCAACCUGGGCAAGGUGAUGUCGGUGGUGCAGACGAAACCCGUGCAGAGCUCGGCUGUCACCGGGCAGGCCUCGAGCGGCCCCGUCACCCAGAUCAUCCAGACCAAGGGCCCCCUGCCCGCCGGGACCAUCCUGAAGCUGGUGACGUCGGGGGAGGGGAAGCCCACCACCAUCCUGACCAGCACGCAGGCGGGGGCGGGGGCGGCCAAGCCCCCCACCAUCCUGGGCAUCAGCAGCGUGUCCCCCAGCACCACCAAGCCCGGGACCACCACCAUCAUCAAAACCAUCCCCAUGUCGGCCAUCAUCACCCAGUCGGGGGCUACCGGUGUCACCAGCAGCCCCGGGAUCAAGUCCCCCAUCACCAUCAUCACCACCAAGGUGAUGACCUCGGGCACCGGGACCCCCGCCAAGAUCAUCACGGCUGUCCCCAAGCUGGGCGGGGGACACGGCCAGCAGGGCGUCACACAGGUGGUGCUGAAGGGGGCCCCGGGACAGCCGGGGACCAUCCUGAGGACGGUGCCCAUGGGGGGGGUCCGGCUGGUCACCCCCGUCACCGUCUCGGCCGUCAAGCCCACGGUGACCACCCUGGUGGUCAAGGGCACCACCGGUGUGACCACGCUGGGGACGGUGACAGGGACAGUGUCCACCAGCCUGGCCGGGGGCGCGGGUGGCCACAGCGCCACGGCCUCGCUGGCCACGCCCAUCACCACCCUGGGGACAAUCGCCACCCUGUCCAGCCAGGUCCUGAACCCCGCGGCCAUCACGGCCACCGCGGCCGGGGGCGGCCUGGGGACACCGACCAUCACCAUGCAGCCGGUGUCCCAGCCCACGCAGGUGACGCUGAUCACCACGCCCAGCGGCGUGGAGGCCCAGCCCGUGCACGACCUGCCCGUGUCCAUCCUGGCGUCCCCCACGGCCGAGGGUCCCCCCGCGGCCACCUCGGGGGGGGGCAGCCUGGCCGAGCCCCCCCCCGCCGAGGCCACCCCGGGCACCGUCACCCUGGUGUGCUCCAACCCCCCCUGCGAGACCCACGAGACCGGGACCACCAACACGGCCACCACCAGCCUGGUGGCCAACGUGGGCACGGGGGGGGCGCAGCUGCAGCUGCUCUGCGAGGACACGGGCGGGGGGGCGGCGGUGGCAGUGCCCCCCCGGGCCUGCUCCAACCCCCCCUGCGAGACCCAUGAGACGGGGACCACCAACACCCCCACGGCGGCGGGCACGGCGCGCCUGGGGACACCCGGGGGACCCCCCUGCCCCACGCAGCAGACGGCGGCCACGGGCACCACGAUGACGGCGCGGCUGUGCCCCCCCGAAGGCGGCGGUGUCACCUCUGUCACCUCGUGCCAAACGCAGGAGGCUGCCCCGUGCCAAACGCCCUGGGGACAGCCUGAGGUGGGGACGGCCACCAGCGCGAGCUGUGAGACCCCCGCGGGGACACGGCUGUGUGCCAACCCCCCCUGCGAGACCCACGAGACGGGGACAACCAACACGGUGACAGUGACAGGGGCACAGCUCUGCUCCAACCCUCCCUGCGAGACCCACGAGACGGGGACAACCAACACGGUGACAACGACAGGGUCACAGUUGUGCUCCAACCCUCCCUGUGAGACCCACGAGACGGGGACAACCAACACGGUGACAACCACGGGGACACGGCUGUGUGCCAACCCCCCCUGUGAGACGCAUGAGACGGGGACAACCAACACGGUGACAACGACAGCACCAAGGCCACCCUGCUCCAACCCUCCUUGCGAGACCCACGAGACGGGGACAACCAGCACGGCCACCACCACCACGGCCACCUCGCGCCCCCCGCCCGAGCCGGGGACAGCGGUGCCACCACCUCGAGGUGUCCCCCCCUGCGCCAACCCCCCCUGCGAGACGCACGAGACGGGCACGACCAACACGGUGACAGUGACAUCAUCACAGCUCUGCUCCAACCCCCCCUGCGAGACCCACGAGACCGGGACCACCAACACGGCCACCACGGCCACCGCGGGCUCCCGGCCGGGUGACACUACCACCACGGCCACCAGCGCCGCCACCACCGCCGCCACCUCCAGCACGGGGGGGUCCCCGCCUUGUGCCAACCCCCCCUGCGAGACCCCCGAGAGCGGGGCCACCAGCACGGCCACCAGAGCGGGCUCCUCGCCCUGCCAGAGCCACCCGAGCGGGGCCACCAGCACGGCCACCAGCGAGGGGGUGACAGCGCCGCCCCCCGCCCUGUGCCACCGCCACCAGCCCCCCCGCGCCUGCUCCAACCCCCCCUGCGAGACCCACGAGACGGGGACAACGGCCACGGCCACCACGGUCACCGCCAGCAUGGGCGCCAGCCAAGAGCCCCCCCCGCCGGCUGCCAACGGGCAGGGGGAGGGCGAGACCCCCCCCAGCGAGGGCGGGGGUCCCCCUGUGCCCCCCGGGACCCCCAGCCCCGGCCCCAGCGGCAGCGGGACCCCCCAGCCCCGGGCGGUCACCACGGUCACCCAGUCCACGCCAGCGCCGGGGCCGGCCGUGCCGACCAUCUCGUCGCUGACCGAAUCCCCCCCGGCUCCCCCUGAGACCCCCCCGACCACCACGCCCACCCCCCCUGGAGACCCCCACCCAGCCCAGGACCCCCCUCGGCCGCGUCCCCGUCCCCCCCCGGGCCCGAGGCCGCCCCCCAGGCCGGGGCCGAGCCCCGGGGGCUCCCCGAGCCGCUGGCCGUGGUGGUGCUGCCGCCGGCCGCGGCCGAGGGGGGGCCCGGCCGAGGGGCUGGCGCUGCCCCCCGAGCUGCUGGCCGAGGCGGGGGGCGCGGGGGGCCCCCCCGGGCUGACCCCCGAGGAGCUGGCGGUCCACCGCGGCGGCCGAGGCGCGGCGGCGGCCGCGGCCAGCGAGGAGGCGCAGGCCCAGGCCUGGCCAUCCAGGCCGUGCUGCAGGCCGCCCAGCAGGCCGUCAUGGGCCCAGGCCCUGGCCAUCCAGGCCGUGCUGCAGGCUGCCCAGCAGGCCGUCAUGGGCACCUCGGAGCCGCUGGAGCCGGGCGAGCCCGGGGGGGGCCCCUCGGAGCUGGGGGGGCCCCUGGAGGGGGCGGGGGGCGCGGGGGGGGCGCUGCCCCUGGUGCUGACCCAGCAGGAGCUGGCGGCGCUGGUGCAGCACCAGCAGCACCUGGCCGAGGCGGGGACCCCCCCCGCGGCCCCCCCGGCGCCCCCCGCCCCACCCCCCCCCGCCCCCGCCGCCCCCCCCCAGGCGGCCGCGCCCCCUCCCCACUUGCCCACCGAGGCCUUGGCCCCCGCCGACAGCCUCAACGACCCCGCGGGCGACGCCAACGGGCUGGGCGAGCUGGGCGCCGUGCCCGGGGGGGGCACCCCCGCCGCCCUGCUGCCCCCCCCCCGGCGACGGGGGUACCAUUUUGGGGGGGGGGUCCUUUUGGGAGGCCUGGCCCCCUCGAGCGCCUUCGUGGCCCCCCAGCCCCGCGUGGCCCCCAGCCCCGCCAAGCUGCAGGCGGCCGCCGCCCUGGCCGAGGUGGCCAACGGCAUCGAGAGCACCCCCGUGGUGAAAGCCGAGCCGGGGGCGCCGCCCAAGGCGCUGCCCAAGAAGGAGAACCAGUGGUUCGACGUGGGCGUCAUCAAGGGCACCACCAUGAUGGUCACCCACUACUUCCUGCCGCCCGACGACGCGCCGCCCCGCCGACGUGACGAUGCCUCGGGGGUCCCGGACCACUCUCAGCUGCGCCGCCAGGAGCUGCAGCCGGGCACGGCGUACAAGUUCCGCGUGGCCGGGCUCAACGCCUGCGGCCGCGGGCCCUUCUCGGAGCUGUCAGCCUUCAAAACCUGCCUGCCCGGCUUCCCGGGGGCGCCCUGCGCCAUCAAGAUCAGCAAGAGCCCCGACGGGGCACACCUGACGUGGGAGCCGCCGUCGGUGACGUCGGGCCGCAUCGCCGAGUACUCGGUGUACCUGGCCAUCCAGGGGGGGCCCGGGGGGGGCCCCGAGGCCCGCGGGGGGGGGGGGGCGCAGCUGGCCUUCAUGAGGGUCUACUGCGGGCCCAGCCCCUCGUGCCUGGUGCCGGCCUCCAGCCUGGCCAGCGCCCACAUCGACCACACCACCAAGCCGGCCAUCAUCUUCCGCAUCGCCGCGCGCAACGACAAGGGCUACGGCCCCGCCACGCAGGUGCGGUGGCUGCAAGAGUCGAGCAAGGACGGAGCCGCCGGGAAACCGGGCAGCAAACGGCCCCUGGCGUCCCCCGACCUGAAAUCCGCUCCAAAGAAGCCCAAGGCGAAGGGCAGUGAAGGACCCCCGGGACCCCCCCCAAAAAAAAAAAAGAAACAAACAAAACCAUCCCGGGGACCCCUCCCCACCCAGGCACCCCCGGGGGGUUUUUUGGGGGGGUCUUUUGGGGGUCCCCUCGCCUCGGGGGGGGGGUCGGGGGGGGCUUUUUUUUUAUCUGUUGCAGUUGCUGGAAUGAAAAGUUUUGUACAACGCUGCCCCCUCCCCCCUCCCCCCCCAAAACCCCCCCUCGGGACCCCUCCCCCACCCCUGUACAGACCCCCCGGGGGUGGGGGGAGGGGGAGGGGGGACCCCCCUGUGUAUCAUAGUGGGGGGGGGAGGGGAACGAACGCCCCCGCCCCCCCCCGACCCCUCCCCUCCCCCCCCCGAGUGUUGUGUCCGUCGUUUUUGUGCUAUUUUGAAAAUUAAAAAAAGACA